UGCCGAAAAAAGGGGGAGCUUGUUUCGUCGCAAACCUGGGGCGAUCACCCCGGAAAUCCCCAACGGUUCGUCCCCCUUUUCCAGUUUUCCUUCACCACAUCGAUCCUUGGAUUCUCUUCCUUUCCGUGUUGAAUCGGGAGCGAGAGGGUUGGCGAGAGGCGGAAUUGCAGAUUCGAGUUCGGUGCAUGGCGUCGCCGCUUCGGUUGCUGGCGGCGAGGGCGGCCCGAGGGGGUCGGUCGUACACCCGCGGGUUCCCCGUCCGGAAGUUCUCCAGAUCGACCUACGCCCUCGCUCUUAUGGUGCUCCUCGUCUCCUCGCUCGCCCUGCUACUUCUGCUGAUCGGGCUCGGGAUCUUCUCCCUCCCUGUCCAUUCCGACGACGCUUCCUUCCCCCGCAUCCGCGAGAACUUCGUGCGUGAAGUGGAGGGUUUGGGGCAUCGAGGGCCGCAGUGGACGGAGGUCGUCUCUUGGGAACCGCGAGCGUUUGUCUACCACAAUUUUCUGUCCAAGGAAGAAUGUGAGUAUCUUAUUGAGUUGGCAAAGCCUCAUAUGCAGAAGUCAACAGUUGUUGAUAGCACUACUGGCAAGAGUAAGGACAGCAGGGUCCGGACAAGUACAGGCACAUUUCUCCGUCGGGGGCAAGAUAAUGUAAUCAAGGCUAUUGAGAAAAGGAUAGCAGACUAUUCUUUUAUCCCAGUAGAAAAUGGGGAAGGGCUUCAGGUUCUGCAUUAUGAAGUUGGACAGAAAUAUGAACCUCAUUUUGACUAUUUCUUUGACGAAUAUAACAUUAAGAAUGGAGGUCAGCGGAUGGCUACUGUUCUAAUGUAUCUUUCGGAUGUUGAAGAAGGCGGUGAGACAAUUUUUCCCAGUGUCAAAGUAAACAGCAGUUCUUUACCAUGGUAUAAUGAGUUAUCAGAAUGCGGAAAACAGGGUCUUGGUCUUAAGCCAAAGAUGGGAGAUGCAUUGCUUUUCUGGAGUAUGAAGCCUGAUGCCACUAUAGACCCAUUGAGUUUACAUGGUGGCUGCCCAGUGAUCAAGGGAAAUAAGUGGUCUUCUACAAAGUGGAUGCAUGUACACGAGUACCAUUGAUGCAAAGAUCGCGCUAACCAGUCAUUAUUUGCCAACUCUUGGCCAAACAUAACCACAGCAUUCUUCACUGGUAGGAAUACACAAUUUUGUUAACAUGCAUAGCAUACCAAGAGUUCUGCGAACUCAUAUACUUUGCCAACCGAUAUGUAAACGAAUUCAUUUUCCCAUGGUGAUUGGCAAAGCAACUUCCUGUUACCUCCAAACAAUAAUUACCAAGACCUUUAAAGUAUAUUUUAGCAUGCUACAUCAAAUAAAGAUGUUUAUCAAAACCCACCAGGGAAAUAUAUGUAAGAGAAUAGGAAUGUGCUUUAUCUUGUUUUUUCAUUGAAUCUUUAGCUUAUUGAUGUAAGAUUAUUGCAUAAUUACUUAGUCAAGGAAUGCCAAAUAGAUAAUAUAUA